AUGUUUAGACUUCUGAUCGUGUCUCCGUGGACUCAGAGGCACUUUAGCACCUUCGGCAACCUGUCCACACCCGCUGCCAUCAUGGGUAACCCCGCCGUGGCCAAGCACGGAAAGACCGUGAUGCACGGACUGGACAGAGCUGUGCAGAACCUGGAUGACAUCAAAAACGCCUAUACUGCCCUGAGUGUGAUGCACUCCGAGAAACUGCACCUCCUCGCCGACUGCAUCACCGUGUGCGUGGCAGCCAAGCUCGGUCCCGCCGUUUUCAGUGCUGAUAUUCAGGAAGCCUUCCAGAAGUUCCUGUCUGUCGUUGUGUCCGCUCUUGGCAGACAGUACCACUAG